AUGCAGGAGAAGAUCACAGACAAAAUUAAGGCUCUUCCCAAAGAUGCCACUUACUUCUCCCUCGAAUUCUUCCCUCCAAAAACUCCUGCGGGUCUACAAAAUCUCCAUGCCCGUCUCGAUCGUAUGGCCAAAGGCCUCCGUCCCCUCUUUGUCAACGUAACAUGGGGUGCCGGUGGCUCAACAGCCACCAAAUCCCUCGAACUCGCCUCCCUCUGCCAGUCCCACGGUCUGACUACCGUCCUCCACCUCACCUGCACGAACAUGUCAAAAUCCGUCCUGGACGAUGCUCUCGAAAAUGCAAAACUUAUGGGUAUCCGUAACGUUCUAGCCCUCCGUGGUGAUGAACCGCGACAACACGAAUACCUCGAUGUAACAGAACAAGUCCGUAACGGUAGUGGAGAGAACGAAUUCGUGUAUGCCAUUGAUCUGGUCAGGUACAUUAGAAAACAGUACGGAGAGUACUUUGCCAUCGGAGUGGCUGCGUAUCCGGAGGGUUAUGCGGAAACUGCAUACCCUGUUGCACAAGAUACUGCCAGGGAUUUACCGUAUCUAAGGGAAAAGACGGCUGCUGGUGCGGAUUUCAUCAUGACCCAGUUCUUUUACGACGUUGAGGCCUACAUUUCCUUCGAAAAAGUUUUAAGAAACGAUGAAAGUGGAGUCUUCAAGGAUAUUCCGAUAAUACCUGGUUUGAUGCCGGUACAAUCUUACCAAAUCUUCAGAAGGACGACAAAACUGUGUAGUGUGAAGGUUCCAGGUACCAUAUCGAGUAGAAUCGAAUCUGUCAAAGCGGACGACGAGAUGGUUAAGGAACACGGGAUACAAGUUCUUACAGAGAUGAUCGGGAAGAUUAGAAGUUCUACGGAAUCUGAUGGGGGUUUGCCACGAGGGUUUCACUUUUAUACACUAAAUUUGGAGAAAGCGGUGGCUUUCAUCGUGGAAAGGUGUAACCUGAUACCCGAAAUACCAACCUCGAAUGAAAUGGCCGUAGAAGAUGAGGACGACGAAGGGCCUGGAUUGUUGACAGUGAACGGUGGAGGCGCUUCUAUCCCGAGAAGGAGUCGUAGAACGAGUUCUAUCAUCUCGGACCCGCACAACCGUGUCAUCGUCGACACCGUCUCCUCUGCCAGAAGUGAACUUCAGGCCGAAGCCGGAGAGGCCGGUGUCCCCAAGAUCCUCGACCCGGGUAGCCAAGAAGGCAACCUCGCGAUCUCUGAAGGUGAAGGUUCACUAGGCCGCGAAGCCACAUGGGAUGACUUCCCUAACGGACGUUGGGGAGAUGCAAGAUCACCCGCUUUCGGCGAAAUAGACGGCUACGGCGUCUCCCUACAUCGUACUCCGACCGAGGCGCUCAAACUAUGGGGGAAGCCCACAUCUACGAAGGAUAUUUCGGACUUGUUCGUCAAGAACUCUAAAGGUGAAUUGGAGGCAAUGCCGUGGAGCGAGGAUAUUUUAAACCCCGAAUCUUUCUUGAUUACGGAGGAAUUGGUGAAGAUGAAUGCGAAGGGUUGGUGGACGGUUGCCAGUCAGCCGGCGGUGAAUAGCGCUAAGAGCGACCACCCGACGUUCGGAUGGGGUCCGAAGAAUGGAUUUGUGUUCCAGAAGGCAUUUGUGGAGUUUUUUAUCCUAGACGAGGAGUGGACGGAGUUAAAGAAAAAGUUGGAGAAUGAGGGUAAAGAGGACGUAUCGUUUUAUGCGGGAAAUAAGGCGGGCGACUUCCAAACCAACUUGGCUUCGGAUUCGUCGUUGAAUGCUGUUACAUGGGGUGCAUUCCCCGGAAAGGAAAUCAUCACACCGACGAUAAUCGAAGAGGUUUCGUUCCGCGCUUGGAGGGACGAGGCAUUCGACAUCUGGAGCGAGUGGCAGAGGAUAUACCCUCUAUCCUCGGCGACGUCAAAACUACUUGGCGAACUUAAGAAUAAAUUAUGGUUGGUAACCAUCAUACAUCAUGACUUUGUCAAUGCGGAUGGAUUGUGGAAGGAUAUUCUGGGAUUAUAG